CAGAACCUUCGCCUCCCUGAGUCGCUGAAGAUUGCUGUCCCCUGCCUGCUGCAGAGAAUCACAACCAAGCUGCAGAGGAUGCUGGUGCUCUGUGACUUCCCCAAGAGCCUGUAUGAGAAGUUUGUUGCUUUCUUCCAGUACAUCUCACUCCCAUGCCACUGCUUUGGCUUCUCCAACAGCCUGAACGUGGUGCCCUGGGACCACGUCUCCCUGACCACGGUGCUGAGAGGCCAGAACCUCACCGGGCAGAGGACACAGAAGGGGAGGAAAACCUUCCUGUGGGAGGCCCUGCCUGUGAUAGAGGCUCGAGUGGAGAGGCUGCUGGGCAGGAAGAGCUACAAGGAGGUCGUUCGCUACCUGCGGGCGGUGAAGUGCAGCGACACCAACGGGCUGCGAGAGCUCCGAGACAAGAUCCCUUUCUACCUGUGCAAGGCUGGGGACUUCCUGGAUGCUGCCCACUCCCUGCUCUUCCCUGUCAGCAGCCUGGCCUGCUGCACUGCCUGCAGGAUCACUCACUACCACUUUGAGAUCUACCUGAAGAUCUUCAGGACAGGCAGUGUCCCUGCUGGGAAUGACAUCCUGGACUGCCCUCCCCUGAAGGAUGGAGUUCUACUGAAGCAGGCUCUGAAGCUGCUCUACAGCAGUGCCUUGCUCUACAGGAAUCCCAAAUGCUGGAGCUCCCUCAUCAUGGUGCUGGGCAGCAGCAGUCUGCUGGAGAACAAUGGGCACCUGCAGCCCCUGUCCCUGAAGGAGCCCCCCCUCGACUUCCAGGAGGCUGUGCUGGCUGUCAGUGGUGGCCUGCUGGAGGAGCUGAAAGCCAGAGUCAGUGUUUCCUUCUGCCCUGCAAUUUUCUCCUCUCCUCUGCACCAUGAGGCUUGUCUGAUCCUUGCAGUGCAAGCAGUCCAGCAGAUGCUGCUCUCUGACCUGCCUUACUUGACUUCCUUCCUGGAGAUAGCUCUGGCCUUUGGGAACAACUUCUGGGCCCUGAGGCUGCUGCUGAACCACCUCUGCUGUGAUGAGCACAUCCUGCAUGGCACUGUCACCCUGCUUGUGAGAGACCUGAGCCUUCAGAAGGCCCCAAUGCUAAAGCUGUGGCAAAACCUGGGUCCCCAGUAUGUGGGUGAGUUCCUCUGCCUGUUCCUGACCUGCAGGCAUAAGAAGAUGCAAUCCAUUGGCCUCUGUGCCCUCAACAUCAUCACAGAGAACCUCCAGGGCCUGAGGAACCUGCCCCUUGGCAGCACAGCUCACCAGGAGGUCUCCAAGUUCAUGAACAUCUUUGAGCAGCAGUAG